UAAGCAAAAGGGAAGGAGGAAAAAAAAUGAUAAGGAAACAAAGUUUGAAAGCGCGUACCGCCUCGGCUGCCAAACCCCGCCCGGUAAACAGGCGUGGUUUCCCGAGGAGGCAGUGCGCUCGGCUCCUGUCUGCCCUCCUCUUGCAUAUUAACCGCUUGGCUGUCAUAGCAGCAGCAGCAGCAACAGAAGCGAUCCAUCCUCCGCAGGACUUUACCUUCCUCAGUGCACCUUAUUACAUCUCUCCAGACAUAGAGCUUUUCUCGCUCUCCGUCCUCCGCGCCUUUGCGCGCUAGCAGUGCGCUCCCAAACCCAAGCCCUGAACAGCCAGAGAGGGGCUGGUAUUAUUCUGUGAUCCAACGAGAGCCCACCGUAGAGAGGAGGGCAGCCUAGAGGAGGACCACACGGUCGGUCGUGACAGCAGAGGCCGUUCCUGGAUAACCGACAAACUAAGAGUGGCUUCUUUUUGUGUUCUCCAUCAUGGCGUGUGACUCUCCAGCUCAGAGUCAGUUUGAAAUCGACCUGUCGGCUUUGAAGGAUCCUUCUGGCAUUUUUGACCUUGUCGAGCUGGUGGGAAAUGGCACCUACGGGCAGGUGUACAAGGGUCGCCAUAUUAGGACAGGGCAGUUAGCAGCCAUCAAGGUCAUGGAUGUCGCUACGGAUGAGGAGGAAGAGAUCAAAUCUGAAAUCAACAUGCUGAAGAAGUACAGCAAUCACAGGAACAUUGCCACUUACUUUGGUGUAUUCAUCAAGAAACAACCUCCUGGCAUCGAUGACCAGCUUUGGCUGGUUAUGGAGUUCUGUGGCGCUGGCUCAGUGACUGAUUUGAUCAAGAACACCAAGGGCAACACUCUGAAAGAGGACUGGAACGCUUACAUCUGCAGAGAGAUUCUCAGGGGUCUGGCUCAUCUCCAUCAGCACAAGGUCAUUCACAGAGACAUCAAAGGACAGAACGUGCUGCUGACUGAGAACGCCGAGGUCAAACUGGUGGAUUUUGGAGUUUCGGCUCAGAUGGACAGAACAGUAGGAAAAAGGAACACAUUUAUUGGGACACCGUACUGGAUGGCACCAGAGGUUAUUGCCUGUGAUGAAAACCCUGAAGCCACCUAUGACUGCAAGAGUGAUUUAUGGUCACUGGGAAUCACAGCAAUGGAAAUGGCUGAAGGAGCACCGCCACUGUGUGAUAUGCACCCAAUGAGAGCCCUUUUCCUCAUUCCACGCAAUCCAGCCCCCAGACUCAAGUCAAAGAAGUGGUCAAGGAAGUUUCAGUCAUUCAUUGAAAACACUCUGGUGAAGAACCACACCCAGAGGCCCAGCACAGAACAACUCCUUUCACAUCCCUUCAUCACAGAGCUUCCCAACGAGAGGCACCUCCGCAUCCAGCUGAAGGACCACAUUGACCGCACGAAGAAGAAGAGAGGAGAGAGGGAUGAGACAGAGUAUGAGUACAGCGGCAGCGAAGAGGAAGAUGAAGAAAGGGAAAAAGGCGAACCGAGCUCCAUCAUCAACGUCCCAGGGGAGUCGACCCUGAGGCGAGAUUUCUUGCGCCUCCAGCAGGCCAACAAGGAGCGCUCGGAGGCGCAGCGGCGGCAGCAGCUGGAGCAGAAGCAGAACGACGAGCACAAACGCUUGCUGUUGGCUGAGAGACAGAAGCGCAUUGAGGAGCAGAAGGAGCAGAGGAGACGGCUGGAAGAGCAGCAGCAGAGAGAGCGUGAGCUGAGGAAGCAGCAGGAGAAAAGACACUUUGAGGAAAUGGAGAAGAUCCGAAGGGAGGAGGAGAGAAGGCAGGCAGCCAGAGAACAGGAGUAUAUCCGUAGACAGCUCGAGGAGGAACAGAGGCAGUUAGAGAUUCUCCAGCAGCAGCUCCUACAAGAACAAGCAUUAUUACUGGAGUACAAGCGUAAACAGAUCGUGGAGCAGCGGCAGGCAGAACUUCUGCAGAUGAAGCUCCAGCAGGAGAGAGCCUACCUGGUGUCUCUACAACAGCAGCAGCAGGAGGGAAGGCAAGCAGAAAAGAAACAGCUUUACCAUUUCAAGGAUGCCAUUAAUCCUAAUGACAAGCCUGCCUGGGCCAAGGAGGUCCAGAAGCAGCCAAGUGCUCCUGGUAAACCAUCUGCACAAGCACUUAAAACUCCAUCGUUUGGAGCAAACCAGGUCAUUGACAAACCAAUUAGACGAGCCCCGAAAAAGGUCCCUGAAUUAUUUGUUUCAGGAAAUUACUGGACACCCCAAGAUCAGCAGGUCACAAAGCAGAACCAACGUAAGAUCCAAAUCCAGAAAAAUGCUGGCAAAGGGCCCAUUGAGAAUCACAUAGGCAAAGUCAAGUGGUCACCCAAAGAUAAAGCUAGCUCUGCAGGCUCAAAAGGUAAAGCACUUCAACCUCAUCCCCACGGUUCAGGACAGACCCAAACUCCACAGCACCCUAAAAUAUGUGUUUCAGGAGAGCAUUGGAUACCUCGAGAUAAGCAUGUCCCUAACCCGAAACAGCAUGAGAUCCAAAACCAGAACAGUGCUUUAGAGGAUUGCAUAGGAAGACCAAGGCAGUUGUCCAAAGAGACGCAUGGGUCUGCAGACACUGAAGCUCUUCAGCCUCAUCCCCAGGCUUCGGGACAAUCCCAGACACCGCAGUCUGGGUCCUCUUCUAACAUGCACCUAUCGGUGGAGGAGCGAUCUAAGAUGAACAGGCAGAGCUCUCCAGCACUGCAGCACAAAGCAUCCCACCGCAUCUCCGACCCUUCCCUUCCUCCCCGCUCCGAGUCGUUCAGCAGCGGAGGCAUGCAGUCCUCCCGUGCUCCUCCCAUCCAACGUUCCAUUGAACCACAGAUGGCUCAUCUCAUUCCCGUGAAGACCCACUCCGGCUCCAUGUCCGGCUCUCAGUCUCUGCAGGACCAGACGGGCUUGGCUCUGAGCGACGGGGUCGGCAUGGUGUCACCGAAGCCUGAGAUGCCCCGUCAGAACUCAGAUCCCAGCUCUGACACUCCAGGACCCACGCAGAACAUCAGCAGCAGGGAGGAACGAGAUCGGGACAGGACUGCUUGGUUGAGGGAACAGGAUAUUCCCCCCAGGGUCCCUCAGAGGACAACCUCCAUUUCUCCAGCCCUUGUUAGAAAGAAUUCCCCUAAUGGUGUUGUGGGCCUGGGCCCUCGCACCGGUUCUCAGCUCAUACGGGCCAGUAAUCCGGAUCUGCGGCGUUCUGAGCUCUCCCUCGAUGCUAUACUGCAAAGAACGUCCUCUAACUCAUCCUCCUCCUCCUCUCCUUCAUCUCAGGGAGGCUCAUCCGAGAGAAAAGGCCAGACCAAGCCAAGUGGAACUCCUCCUGGAGCCAACGAGGAGGUUAAACCCAAUCAAGAAGAGGGUCGGGAAUCAGCCAGACCGAGCAGACCUGCAGUGAGUCCAGCAGAACAGACAGACAGCUAUAAGAAAGCCAUAGAUGAGGACUUAAGUGCACUGGCUAAGGAACUCAGAGAACUGAGGGUAGAGGAAGGAAGCCGGCCUCCAGUCAAGGUCACGGACUACUCAUCCUCCAGCGAAGACUCGGAAAGCAGCGAUGAGGACGGGCAGGUGCUGGGGCACGACGGAACUGUUGCCGUUAGCGACAUCCCCCGCAUCAUGCCGGGAGUACAGAGCAGCUCUGAGUCGUACGGAGGGCUGGCAGAGGACCCUCUGGGAGAUGCCUAUAAUAGCUCAAGGGACAGUACUCUUAUGAUGAGAGAGGCAGAAGAAAGGAGGAGAGGUGGUCACUCUGAAAGCAAUGGGUUUGGCAAUCACAGUAACCAUGGUAACCUCCCUGACCUAGUGCAACAGAGCAACUCUCCCAACUCUACACCGACCACAGCUCUGCAGGAACUGAGUGACAUGGCCGAGUUUGGUUUGAGUGGGUCCAAAGCAUCAUUUAGUCCCUUCGUUGACCCGCGUGUCUAUCAAACCUCCCCGGGUGAAAACGAUGAGACCUCAGCAGCAGCCAUGUUUGCCAAUGAGCUGCUAAGGCAGGAGCAGGCACGACUAAACGAAGCCAGAAAGAUCUCUGUUGUAAAUGUGAACCCUACAAACAUCAGACCUCACAGCGACACGCCAGAGAUCCGUAAAUACAAGAAGCGCUUCAACUCUGAGAUCCUGUGUGCUGCGCUCUGGGGUGUGAACCUGUUGGUGGGGACAGAAAAUGGCUUAAUGCUGCUUGACCGAAGUGGACAGGGCAAAGUCUACAACCUGAUUACAAGACGCAGAUUCUUACAGAUGGAAGUGCUGGAGGGUCUGAAUGUGUUAGUCACCAUAUCUGGGAAAAAAAAUAAGUUGCGUGUCUACUAUUUAUCCUGGCUGAGGAACAGAAUAUUGCAUAAUGACCCAGAAGUCGAGAAGAAACAGGGUUGGAUCACUGUUGGAGAGCUAGAGGGCUGUGUGCAUUAUAAAGUUGUGAAGUAUGAGAGGAUCAAGUUCCUGGUGAUUGCACUUAAGAACUCAGUGGAAAUCUAUGCCUGGGCACCUAAACCUUACCACAAGUUCAUGGCCUUUAAGUCGUUCACUGAGUUGCAGCACCGUCCUCAGCUGGUUGACCUCACAGUGGAAGAAGGCCAGAGGUUAAAAGUUAUCUAUGGCUCCUGUGUGGGCUUCCAUGUCAUCGAUGUGGACUCAGGCAAUCCUUACGACAUCUACAUCCCCUCACAUUGUUCCAAACACAUGAAGAUCCAGAGUCAGGUGACACCCCAUGCCAUCGUUGUGCUUCCUAAGACUGAUGGAAUGGAAAUGCUGCUGUGUUAUGAGGACGAGGGGGUCUACGUCAACACCUACGGUCGCAUCACCAAGGAUGUGGUGCUACAGUGGGGAGAGAUGCCUACAUCUGUUGCCUAUAUCCAUUCUAAUCAGAUUAUGGGCUGGGGUGAGAAAGCCAUAGAGAUCCGCUCUGUGGAGACGGGUCAUCUGGAUGGAGUGUUCAUGCACAAGAGAGCCCAGAGACUUAAGUUCCUGUGUGAGCGAAAUGAUAAGGUAUUCUUUGCGUCUGUACGUUCGGGAGGUAGCAGCCAGGUGUUCUUCAUGACCCUCAACAGAAACUCAAUGAUGAACUGGUGAUGUGUCUACUCGUCCGCUCUGCCUCGCUGUCCUGUUGGCCAGUCCUAAAACCUGCUGUGUCUGAUGCGGCUAAUGCACGUCAAACUAAAUGAACCAGAACGACCCGGAUCGUCGCAAAUGAACCUUUUUAUGCUCUAGAGACAAAUGCGUAGUAUGAAAAAAAAGUUCCAGAAGAGACUAAAUAUCCUAGACUGAUCUGGGUCAUGCAGAAGCCAUUGCAAUUUAACUGACUUGGACUGACUUUCCACAUGUUCUCUUUCUUCUUCUUUUGCAACUCUCUGUUGUCUUUUUUCAUCUCAAAUGGACCAGUGCAUUCUAGGGUUUACCUCUUUACACCUGCCUCCUUCUGCCAAUUCUAUUUCCCAUCAUCUGACUGCCUUGUCUUCUAUUUUCCUCUUAUCCACCUUGCGUGAGCUCAUUCCUGGAGAGCUCUGAAGGAACUUGAUAGUUGAGGAUGUCUGAAUAGCAAGACAUAAGUGAUUACAGGACUACAAAUUUAGUCUGAAGUUUGGAAAAACAAGUUGACAACCUUUUUAAUUUUCAUUUACAUCCUUCUCCACUUCCUCGCAGUUCCAUCUUUCUGUGGUCUGAACAGACUCACUUCUGAUUUCAUGAUUGACUGCAUUUUCCUGACGGAGGCAGCGAGCGGCGCACUCUGCUGUGAAAUGGGUCGUAACAAUAUGCAAGUGUGAUAUCUUUCUCCCUUUAAAAUAAAAUCACUGGUCCAUUUUGCCGUCUUCUCUCAUAUCUUCUCCUCCUCCCCACUUCUUCUCCCUCUUUGUACUUUUUAAACUCUGAAGGUGCUGAAUCAUAUUUACUGUAAUCUUAAAUCAACGAUGACGGGAUGUCAUUCUUUUCAUUUCUGUUCCUAUUCCAAUGAACAUUUUGGAAUCAGUGGUUUCUUUAAGUUGGUUCAAACAUACAGCACAUCUGUGUCUCUGAAAUCAAUGUGUGUGCGCACAUCUGUUUAUAUUUGACUUGACGCUAACCUUUAAAUCAAGUCAGAAUCAAAGCUAGACAUUGAAAUCAAAAUGAGGCUGUGUUUUAUUCUUUUACCCAAUGCGAUCAAAGCAACAUUGAGUUUGUUUACAUGCACAGAUAUUACUGUAUCUUCAUAGUAUGAAGUUUGAGUUUGUGCAUCUGAGCAGUGUGCAUUUAAAGAAGGCAAUAUACAGGAAUAAGAUGAUUUUGGGUGUUUGUUUCUUUUCCCUUUAACAAUGUGUGCGUUUUAAUAAACAGCUUGUCCUGAACUCGACCUCAACAGGAUCUGAGCUAUUGUCCCAACUACUGUGUGCAUGUGUAAAGCAUUCACUGUUGAACACUGUGGGAUCUUUUUAAAUCAUGCUCCACCCCUGGUUGGCUCAUUGAUUUUGGCUCCUAAAUGUUUGUACAGUGCCUAGCAUGAUGUAAGCAAAAUUUAAUUUAAACGGAAGCCAAAACGAUAUAAAGCAUUACUGAUCACAUUUUAACUGCUGUUUUAUACUUUUAUUGUUAUUGCCGGGUUUUUCUUCUUCUUUACCUCUAAUAGUGGUUUUGGGGAGGUAGAUUUUGAUUAUGUUAAUGUAACACAUUGCUGAUAAUUAUUUUGUCUUCACUGACAGAUUUGCAUCAAUAAAUAUAAGUCUGAUUUUGUUCAUUGAAACCCUUUUUU